AUGCCCACCCCACCAGGACCUCCCCCACCACCUCCACCCGAGAAUCCUCUCUCCAAAAUCCCCCCCAUCGUCCUAAAACUACGGAGCACUCCUCCCAAGCAUUUCUACCAACCACCAAACCCACAUCCAACAAUCAACCAAUCCACCACCCCCACAGGCCCCUACUUCUUCUACGGUACAUUAACCGACCCAAACAUGGUGGCCGAGAUCCUCAACCUAGAUCACGAGCCCAAGUUCCGACCGGCGAUAAUUCAAGGUUACGAAUGUAAAAUGUGGGGCCAAUACCCGGCCUUAGUCGACGGCUCUGAUACCAUCGUUGAAGGUGCUGUGUACCAUGUCCAAACCGCAGAAGAUGGGAUGAAGCUCGCCGCGUAUGAAACGAAUAACUAUCGCUCGGAGUCUUGUAUUAUCAAAUACAUGGAUGGUAAGGAGCCGGCUGAAGAAGUUGGAUAUACGUUUAAGUUUGUGGGGAAUCUGAGGGAUUUGCAUGAGGGGAGAUUUGAGUUGAGGGCUUGGUUGAAGUUGAUGGGCAGGGAGGAUGCGGUGGAGAAGUUGGAUGAUAGGGUUUCUUUUGUUUGA